AUGAACGCAGCUGAGCGUGGAGUAAUAUCAAAUUCACCUACUGUUUAUCAUACGUACGUCGAGUACAACUCACAGAAACGUUAUUACAUCCAUGUCGAUUGUUUAAAUCAUUCCGAAUAUGUGAAAGCCAUCGUGAGUGGUAGUAUUCAGAUAGAUGGCGAUAUUCUAGUGGUUUCUGCUAUAGAUGGACCUAGGCCUCAAAGUAGAGAACAGAUUCAAUUAUGCCAAGAAGCAGGUAUAUCGAACAUUGUUGUGUUCAUGAAUAAAUGUGAUAUGGUGGACGAUCCAGUACUAAUUGAACUGGUAGAGAUUGAAAUACGUGAACUUUUUUCGAANGCUGAUUGUGGCCGUCCGACUGCGUUCGCAGUACCAUUUUGUCAAGGAUCAUCGGCGAUUUCAUUAAAUCUUCUUCUUAUCUUCGGCAGUAUUCUUAUUCAUCGACUAUUCAUCCAGUAA